CAUCGCCACAGCGAGCAGUGCACACCGUCAUCCUUGUAGCCAUCACUAGUAGUGAUGUCGAUGCUGAGCUCCUACACCUUCCUCAGCCUGGCUCCGGCGCAGGGAAAAUUCUCUCCCGCCCCCCUGCAGCUCCGUAAACAGCCGGCGGCGUCAUCGUCGGUCGUGGUUGUCCCUUGGGCCCCAUGCAAGGUGUCCCGGGCUCCUCGCUUGGCGUGCUAUUCGAAAAAGAACACGUACGACAUCCUACCCACCGCCCUGGUGCACCCAUCAGUCGGCGAUCACGGCAACUGGAAAAUGGCCGAAGACAAGGACCACAUCACCCUCGACUUCAACGUGGGACGUGAGACGGAGGUGAGUGAACUGGAGGUUGCAACGACCAGGGACCAGGCGCUCCUGGUCAUCAGGUACAAGGGCGACAGCAGCGACGUCAACAACCCGGCGGCCUCGCUGGACGUCCGCUUGCUGAUGCCUCCAGGCUACGACGGUAACAAGGUGAUGAAGGCGGAGAUCCUCUCUGACGGCUGGCUGAAGAUUAUCAUCGCCAAGCCUAAGCAAGAGCCCACCACGAUAAAAGUCACUAAACAAAUUAUAGACAAGUCUAAUUAGCGACGGUUGAAACACCAUCUCCACAGACGGCCGGACACACGGCCCGUCGUUAAACUAAUGUACGAACAAGCAGUAUGCACGUGUAACUUGUACGGCCAAGAAAGAAAAAAACAAAUAAUCUUGUACUCUGGUGUCCGAUCAUACAUCUCCUACUGUAACUACCUCAUUGUGAUUCAAUCUAUAUAUGUUGUGAAACACGGAUA